AUGACGCCAACAAGCUUAUCUCAAGCCAUGGGUUCACCUGCCCCAACUAUGCCAUCCUCCCAAGCAUCACCCCUCAACCCGUCAUCAACGGCAUCAACACCAUCAACAUCAUCACCCCUGUCUCACCUUCCACUCGCAGCCCCAGGUUCAACUCCCUCACCAUCUGGUACCCCCCUCGGCCUAGACAACCUCUUCACCAACCCGGUCUUCGCCGGCGGUCUCGGCCUAGGCGCGCUCGGCGCCGCCGCCGCCUUCGGCCGCCGCGCUCUUAUUUCCACCGCUCAACUCUUGCGCCGCCAGCUCCUUGUCAACAUCGAGAUCUCCAAGCGGGACCCCUCAUAUCCCUGGGUUCUCGCCUGGCUUGCCCAACCGCGCGAUGACCCUGGGUUCUUGGCGCGCAGAAUUUGUAGGCUCAGGAAUCUGAGCAUAAGUACCACUACGAGGAGUCUCACGAGGGAUGAGGCUACAGGGGGAGGGAAAAUACAUGCUGAUUUUAGAGUUCAGCCGGGGUUCGGGAAACAUAUUAUACGGCAUUCGCCGGGGGUGUAUAUUGCUGUAAAGAGAGAGAAGGCGGGGACGGCGACGACGGCGACGGGUGAGCCGCACGAGACGCUGACGCUGACGUUGUUAUGGAUGCAUCGGCAUGUAUUAGCGGAUAUUUUUACGGAGGCGCACGCGCUGGCACAACAGGCUCAUGAAGGGAGGACGGUGGUUUACACAGCGCGGAGGAUGGAAUGGGCGGUGCUGGGGCAGCCCAGGAUUAAGCGGCCGCUGGGGAGUGUCAUCCUCGAUAAGGGGGUCAAGGAGAUGUUGGUCGCAGAUGUCAAGGAGUUUUUGGCCAGUCAGCAGUGGUAUGUUGAACGGGGUGUGCCGUAUCGGAGGGGGUAUUUGCUUUAUGGGCCGCCGGGGACGGGCAAGACGAGUUUCAUUCAGGCGUUGGCGGGGGAGUUGGAUUAUAACGUGGCCAUGAUCAACCUGAGCGAGCAGGGCAUGACGGAUGAUUUGCUUGCUCACUUGUUGACUCAGCUGCCGGAGAAGAGUAUUCUGCUGCUGGAGGAUGUGGAUGCUGCGCUCGUCAACCGGCGACAGCGCGAUCCUGAUGGGUACACCGGCCGAACUGUCACGGCUUCAGGGUUGCUGAACGCUCUAGAUGGCCUCGCCGCAGGUGAAGACCGCAUCACCUUCCUCACAACGAACCACAUUGAUCGACUUGACCCAGCCUUGAUCCGUCCUGGCCGUGUGGACAUGAUGGUCCGCAUUGGCGAAGCUACACGUUAUCAGGCAGCGGAGAUGUGGGAUCGCUACUACGGAGACAUUGACACCGACCAUUCCGGCAGGGAAAGAUUCCUUCAGCGGAUGGAUGAGCUGGGCCUAUUUGGUGGUAGCGAGACGGAUCCCAGCGUGCCGAAGAGGCAUACCUCGACAGCGGCGAUCCAAGGUCUGUUCCAGUUUAAUAAGGGCAACAUAGAAGGGGCGAUUGGCAUGGUUGAAGCCUUGAUUCCAAGGACAUUUGAGGCUGAGGAGACAUCGCCUGAAGGGACUAUCAAGUCGCCGGCAUGA